CAAAGAAGGUAAAAAAAAACAUAUAAAAAAUAUAAUACGACAAGACUGUGCAGAAGGUAAAAUUAUUUAUUCUUAUAUGCUCGCGAGUUCGGCAGUGCCGGUGUGCGGGGGAAGAAAAUCCGUGAAUGUAAAGUUGUAAUAAUAAAAGUUUCGUAGGAAAGCUUCAAAAAGGUAGAAAGAAAAAAAUAGAGAGAAGCCUUCUUCAUUCGUGACCCGACGACCAGUGUCACAACUCGACGACUCUCGGGAUGCAAUAGAUACGUACGCCUACUCAACUGCCUACUUACCUACCUACAUCGUGACUCUGGGUAGUAGUGAGUAUUUUCUCUCUCUACAUGAAGUCAUGGCGGUGUAGCAGCAGCAGCAGCAGCAACAACAGCAGCAGCAGCAGCGGCGGCGACAGAAGAAGGCAAAAGCGAACGACAGGAAACAACCGGAGAAUCUAAUCACAGUCGGACUUGAGAGUCAUUGGAACGGAACCGAAAACUGUUAACGUCGUAAAGAAAACCAACAACAACAAAAAUAUUAUAAUUUCUACGGGAAAUCAAGGAUCCCCAGAGAUACCAACCGCGAGAUAGGCGUCAGAUCUAUCUCGCUGAAAGAGACCAAAGACACGACGUGGCGGAUUCGGUGACCUCUCGGCUGUGACAGCGAGCACAGAUAGGUAGGCCGAGAGAUGCGCGAAUACAAGAUAGUCGUGCUAGGUAGCGGAGGUGUCGGCAAGUCUGCCCUCACCGUCCAAUUUGUCCAAGGUAUAUUCGUCGAGAAAUACGAUCCGACAAUUGAGGACAGCUACCGUAAACAGGUGGAGGUUGACGGGCAGCAAUGCAUGCUCGAAAUUUUAGACACUGCUGGCACGGAACAAUUCACAGCCAUGAGGGACCUUUACAUGAAGAAUGGUCAGGGCUUCGUACUGGUCUACUCGAUAACGGCGCAGUCGACAUUCAACGACCUCCAGGAUCUUAGGGAACAGAUCCUCCGAGUAAAAGACACGGACGACGUGCCUAUGGUGCUCGUCGGCAACAAGUGUGACUUGGAAGAUGAGAGGGUAGUCGGAAAGGACCAGGGAGUCAAUCUGGCCAGGCAAUUCAAUUGCGCGUUCAUGGAAACCUCUGCCAAAGCCAAAAUUAACGUUAACGACAUCUUCUACGAUCUGGUGCGACAAAUCAACAAGAAGUCACCGGAGAAAAAGAUAAAGCAAAAAAAGAAAGGACUAUGCCGACUUCUGUAAGGAGAGAAAUGGGCCUAAACCCCCUAUCGUAUCCUUGUACGCGAAAAUAAAUACGAAAGAGAUGAACAAAUGAAUAUAUACAUAUAUAUAUAUACAUGUAUAUGCCUGUGUGUACAUGCAUCCACGCACGCACAUAUAUAUGUAUAUGUAUUUGAAUCUGAACACACAUACCAGUGGGGGCGUAAAACGAGGGUUCAUAGGAACGGAAUAAAAUACAGAAUGGGGAAUAGGGAAAUAAACCGAACGGAAGGACAGUAUAAUAAACAAGUGAUGCAAGGAAAACAGGUGGGCGUGGCCGGGUGGGACUCUUAAGUUUCAAAACCGAUUGAAAAUAGGAAGAUGGGGAAGAUGACGAGGAAAGAGAAGAGCAAGACAUUCGAAGAAAAUAGUGUUUUCUCAAGCACUGGACACAGAGAGGAUUGGAGAGGAGGGAGAGACAGAGAUGGUUAUUGUAUAUACGUUGGUCCGGGGUGGCUCGUGUGAAAGGUGCGGCUGUAGGCGUACAACGGCGAUGUCUUACCCUGUGACUUCGGUUAUCACUGUAGGAGUUUUGCAUAAAAAUUAUUAAUUAAUAAUAUUAUAUAUUUAGGAGAAGAAAAAAAAUAAUAAACAAAUAAGGAGAUGAUAAUGGUGGUGAUGACGAUGAUGAUGAUGAUGAUGAUGAUGAUAAUGAUUAUUAUGAUGAGGAAAGAAAAAAACAUGUUUUGGGUGUACGCCGGUGUUGGCCAAGCCCUCACGCACCAUCGCUCGACGUACACCUCUCUUAUAUAAUAUAAUAGUAAUUAUACAUAGACAGUACAUACAUUAUUAUUAAUGAUUAUUAUUAUUAUAUUAUUAUCAAAGCAUCAAAAUAUUCGUAAGUUAUCAACCGUUUGUUUCUCGAAGACGAUUUAUGGUUCUUUUUUCUUUCUCUUUUUAAAAAAAAUUUUUUUCUAUAUCUCCGUAUUAAAGCCAAUAAUAAAAAAAAUUCAAUAAAUGUUAAA